AUGGGCGCAUCCUCGAGCGAGGGCCCUGCCAUCCUGUUGGAGCAGUCCCCAGCAAGGUCAAAGGCGCCUUCUGAUGGACCCUCCGAAUUUUCGUCUUGGCACGAUGAUGCCUCGUCUUCCCUGGCACCUUCGGGCACUGCAAGGGAUGGCACCAUCACAGUCAAUCCCCUGGUCAUGCGUAUGGGGGAGCACCUCAAGGGCAAGCUGCAGGGGAUGAUCCGUCAGCGCUUCGACAACUAUCUGCACAUCAUCAAGACGCUGCAGAACGACAUCGGGAAGCUUGCAGCGCUGACUUGUGAGCUGCGCAUGACCUCCCGGCACGCAUCGGCUGCAGCCAGCGUGACGCCCAAGUUCCGGAUCUCCAUCUCCUGCAACGAGGACGGUACCUUCUUGGUGUACACCGUGCCGGACGCAGCGGGCGUUCUUGGCUCCCAGUGCCCGGGGCCCCGAGUGAAGGCGGAGGAGGCGGCAGACCUGCAUCAGCAGGUGCUGAAGCAGCAGCGCCUGGUGGUGGCCAGGCAGUGCAAGGCCAAAGCCGUCAUGGUACAUCAGGCGGUGGAGGAUUUGGAACGGUUGCACCUGGCCAUGGCCCAGCAGUUCUCGCAGAUGGCGCCGGAUCGCUUGAGUGCGAAGGCGCCGUCUGCCGAGACAAGCUCGGCUGCGGAGGAGGCAGCGGAGGGCGAGCGGAUGGUGGAGGCGCUGCAGCAGCGGCUUCGGGAGCAACGCGCUACCGCCGAGCGCCUGCGUGCGCAGAUCGCCCAGGCAGCAUCAGAGGAGCAGAAGAGCCAGGAGCAGGAGCUUAAGCUCCUGGCUGAGGCACACCUGGCGGAGCAGGAGAUGCGUCAGCUCAGGGGGGCACUGCGGCGUGAGGGCGCUCCGUGA